UCGUACUGUAUUUGGAUUCCAGAAGAUGAGGCCUCCCUGUGUCUAUGGGCUGGGAAUUGUGGGGGCUCAUUCCACCAGGUGUUGGAGGUAGGUCCUGUGGCUCCUGUAAAUUGGAGGUUUCUUGCCAUUUCAGGGGCCUGAGCCUUAUGUUGUGGAAAGACACCAGCAACAGGGAAGGAAUGGUGAGUGGGGACAAGAUAGACCAGCUUUGUCCUCGGUUCCAUCCUCAAGAUGGGUGCAGAGCUUCUUGUGCCCACUGUUGUCUGCCUUUGAGUCACACAGAACCACUUGCAGGAAGAACUCUAGAGAAUUUGGGAAGAAAGGGGGAGAGGACAGACAAAAGAUGCAUUUUUUUUUUCAAGAAGCAGGAAAAUGUAAGGAAAAUUGAAGGUGUUCUCAAGUGUGUCUGCUGCUGCCUGACACAGGUUAACCCCGUCGCAGGUCACUCCGCUCUGUUAAUUGCAUCCUAACCUUCCUCUGCUCUUCGGCAGCGAAAUCGCAGCAGAGGAGAUGGCGCAGCUUCGUGCGCAUUGCUCAUUUGUGCCAACGUGAAAAGAACUGCCAGGAUGCCCAGGACACCAGCUCCGUGGCUUCUGCGAUGCUUGCACAGUCCUGAAUCAGCCCGAGAGCUGUGGAUCUGCGUCCACCGGCUGCAUAGCCGACUGCCGGAUCCAUGGAGGGGCCUGUGCCGGAGAACUCACAUGUUGACUUAUUUCUUCAGUCUAGGCCUUUCUUGGCCCCCUUGGUUAUUCAUUCUAAUUGAUACACGUCUUAUUUCCGUUCAAAUGUCUCACGGAAGACGCAUUGAAGACAGAGUGGAUGCCCGUGUUUGUUGGCAGUAGGUAGUAUUUGCCACUCCGGCUGUAGUAAAAGAACAAGAGGAGAAAUUACAUCUAUUUCUCAUAUUUAAGGGAAAAGCAAUUAAAUCACCAAAGUCAGA